ACCGCACCCGGGCUCCUGCCUCCGGCUGAAUGCGGACCAGUGAACAGUCAGCGGCAGAGGGAGGGCAAAAGGCACGGGGGGAGCGAAGAAAAAAAAGAGAGGCUGACUGAAGCAGAGAGGGAGGAAGCGAGACCUGUACUUUAGCCUGAACACUGUGCAAAGCUGCCGUCGACAGAAGAAGUUUGACGAACGGCGCCUUUGACUGAGCCUCCCGGUUGUUUUUAGCCUCCCUCCGAAAGGCGUUCUGCAACUACAAAAAAGCAGCAACCAUGUCAGACGCGGACAGGUUUCUCUACGUGGACCGGAACUUGGUCAACAACCCUCUGGCACAGGCGGACUGGGCCACCAAGAAGCUGGUAUGGGUGCCGUCGGAGCGCCUGGGCUUCGAGCCCGGCUCAGUGAAGGAGGAGCACGGCGACGAGUGCGUGGUGGAGCUGGCGGACUCUGGCAAGAAGAUCAAGGUGAACAAGGAUGACAUCCAGAAGAUGAACCCGCCCAAGUUCAGCAAGGUGGAGGACAUGGCCGAGCUGACCUGCCUGAACGAGGCGUCUGUCCUGCACAACCUGAAGGAGAGAUAUUACUCUGGCCUCAUCUAUACGUACUCUGGCCUCUUCUGUGUGGUCAUAAACCCCUACAAGAACCUCCCCAUCUACUCGGAGGAGAUCGUUGAAAUGUAUAAGGGCAAGAAGAGACACGAAAUGCCGCCUCACAUCUACGCGAUCACAGACACGGCCUACAGGAGCAUGAUGCAGGAUCGUGAAGACCAGUCCAUUCUUUGCACAGGUGAGUCUGGGGCUGGAAAGACUGAGAACACCAAGAAGGUCAUCCAGUAUCUGGCUCAUGUGGCCUCCUCUCACAAGACCAAGAAAGAUCAGAACAGCUCGAUCCUGUCACAUGGGGAGUUGGAGAAGCAGCUGCUGCAGGCUAACCCCAUCCUGGAAGCCUUUGGAAACGCCAAGACCAUCAAGAAUGACAACUCCUCCAGAUUUGGAAAGUUCAUCAGAAUCAACUUUGAUGUCAACGGUUACAUUGUUGGAGCCAACAUUGAGACUUACUUGUUGGAGAAGUCUCGUGCCAUCCGCCAGGCUAAAGAGGAGAGGACCUUCCACAUUUUCUACUACUUACUGACGGGAGCAGGAGACAAGCUGCGGAAUGAACUCCUCCUUGAGAACUACAACAACUACAGAUUCCUCUCCAAUGGGAAUGUCACCAUUCCAGGCCAGCAGGACAAAGAUCUGUUCAAUGAGACCAUGGAUGCCUUCAAGAUCAUGAGCAUUCCGGAGGAGGAGCAGAUUGGCCUGUUGAAGGUGGUGGCCUCAGUUCUGCAGCUGGGGAACAUGAGCUUCAAGAAGGAACGCCACACGGACCAGGCCUCCAUGCCCGACAACACAGCUGCACAGAAGGUGUCCCACCUGAUGGGCAUGAACGUGACGGACUUCACCAGGGCCAUCCUCUCCCCCAGGAUCAAAGUGGGCAGAGACUACGUCCAGAAGGCUCAGACUCAGGAGCAGGCCGAGUUUGCUGUGGAAGCUCUGGCUAAGGCCACCUACGAGAGGAUGUUCCGCUGGCUCGUAAUGAGGAUCAACAAAGCUCUCGACAAGACCAAAAGACAGGGAGCCUCGUUCAUCGGCAUCUUGGACAUCGCUGGCUUUGAGAUCUUUGAGCUGAACUCCUUCGAGCAGCUGUGCAUCAACUACACCAACGAGAAGCUGCAGCAGCUCUUCAACCACACCAUGUUCAUCCUGGAGCAGGAGGAGUACCAGAGGGAGGGCAUCGAGUGGAGCUUCAUCGACUUCGGCCUGGACCUGCAGCCCUGCAUCGAUCUCAUCGAGAAGCCGGCCAGUCCACCGGGUAUCCUGGCUCUACUGGAUGAGGAGUGCUGGUUCCCUAAAGCCACAGACAAGAGCUUCGUGGAGAAGGUGUUCCAGGAGCAGGGCACACACCCCAAGUUCUUCAAACCCAAGAAACUGAAGGAUGAAGCCGAUUUCUCCAUCUUUCAUUAUGCUGGGAAGGUGGACUACAAAGCGGACGAGUGGUUGAUGAAGAACAUGGACCCUCUGAACGACAACGUAGCCACGCUGCUCAACCAAUCCACAGACAAGUUUGUGUCCGAGCUCUGGAAGGACGUGGAUCGCAUCGUGGGUCUGGAUAAGGUGUCCGGCAUGUCCGAGAUGCCCGGCGCCUUUAAGACCCGGAAGGGCAUGUUCCGCACAGUCGGCCAGCUCUACAAGGAGCAGCUGUCCAAGCUGAUGGCCACACUGAGGAACACCAACCCCAACUUUGUCCGCUGCAUCAUCCCCAACCACGAGAAGAAGGCGGGCAAACUGGACCCUCACCUGGUUCUGGACCAGCUCAGGUGUAACGGUGUCCUGGAGGGCAUCCGUAUCUGCAGACAGGGAUUCCCCAACCGCAUCGUCUUCCAGGAGUUCAGACAGAGGUACGAAAUCCUCACCCCCAACGCCAUUCCCAAGGGCUUCAUGGACGGGAAGCAGGCCUGUGUGCUCAUGAUCAAUAGUCUGGAGCUGGAUCCGAACCUGUACCGCAUCGGGCAGAGCAAAGUCUUCUUCAGAGCUGGAGUUCUGGCUCACCUGGAAGAAGAGCGGGACAUGAAGAUCACUGACAUCAUCAUCAGCUUCCAGGCUUGGUGCCGAGGCUACGUGGCCCGCAAGGCGUUUGCAAAGAGACAGCAGCAGCUGACUGCAAUGAAGGUGAUCCAGAGGAACUGUGCUGCUUACCUCAAGCUCAGGAACUGGCAGUGGUGGAGGCUCUUCACUAAGGUGAAGCCUCUGCUGCAGGUCAGCAGACAGGAAGAAGAGAUGCAGGCCAAGGAUGAAGAGCUUAACAAAGUGAAGGAGAAGCAGAUGCACGCUGAGGAGCAGCUGCUGGAAAUGGAGCAAAAACAGCAACAGCUGAACGCUGAGAAGAUGGCUCUCCAGGAGCAGCUGCAGGCCGAGACGGAGCUCUGUGCUGAAGCGGAGGAGAUGAGGGCUCGUUUAGCCGCCAAAAAGCAGGAGCUGGAGGAGAUCCUUCACGACCUGGAGGCCCGCGUGGAAGAGGAGGAGGAGCGCUCCUCCCACCUGGCAGCAGAGAAGAAGAAGAUGCAGCAGAACAUCGUCGACCUGGAGCAGCAGCUGGAUGAAGAGGAGGCGGCCAGGCAGAAGCUCCAGCUGGACAAGGUCACUCUGGAAGCCAAGAUGAAGAAGAUUGAAGAGGAUGUCAUGGUUUUAGAUGACCAGAACAACAAACUGCUCAAGGAGAAGAAGCUGUUGGAGGAAAGGAUCUCUGAGUUCACCACCAACCUGGCAGAGGAGGAGGAGAAAUCCAAGAGCUUGCAGAAACUCAAGACGAAGCAUGAGGCCAUGAUCACAGACCUGGAAGACCGACUGCGCAGGGAGGAGAAACAGAGGCAGGAGCUGGAGAAAAACCGCCGCAAGCUGGAGGGCGACUUCACUGAGACCCACGAUCAGAUCGCCGAGCUGCAGGCUCAGAUCGCAGAGCUCCGCGCCCAGCUCGCCAAGAAGGAGGAGGAGCUCCAGGCUGCUCUGGCCAGGAUUGAGGAGGAAGCUGCGCAGAAGAACUUGGCUCAGAAGAAGAUCCGGGAGUUGGAGGCUCAGCUCUCGGAGCUGCAGGAGGAUCUAGAGCUGGAGAAGCAGGCCCGCGCCAAAGCAGAGAAGCACCGCAGAGACCUGGGAGAGGAGCUGGAGGCUCUGAAGACCGAGCUGGAGGACACUCUGGACACAACCGCAGCCCAGCAGGAGCUCAGGACCAAACGUGAAACUGAGGUGGCUCAACUGAAGAGGACUCUGGAAGACGAAGCUAAAGUCCACGAGCAGCAGCUGGCAGAGCUGCGGCAGAAGCACGGUCAGGCCUUCGAUGAGCUCAACGAGCAGCUGGAACAGGCGAAGAGGAACAAAGUGUCGAUGGAGAAGGCCAAACAGGCCCUGGAGUCUGAGAAGAACGAGCUGAGCAUUGAGGUGCAGACGCUGAUGCAGGGGAAAGGAGAGUCCGAGCAUCGCAGGAAGAAGGCGGAAGCUCAGGUCCAGGAGCUCCAGCUCAAAUUCACCGAGAGCGAGCGUCAGAGGACGGAGGUGGUGGAGAAACUGACCAAAGUGCAGGCGGAGCUGGACAACGUCAACAGCCUUCUGAGUGAGGCGGAGGGCAAGUCCAUAAAGGCUUCCAAGGACUACUUCUCUGUGGAGUCACAGCUGCAGGAUGUUCAGGAACUCCUCCAAGAAGAGACUCGCCAGAAGCUGUCUCUCGGCACACGCCUGCGGCAGCUGGAAGAGGAGCAGAACAACCUGAAGGAGCAGCUGGAGGAGGAGGAGGAAGCCAAGAGGAACGUGGAGAAGCAGCUUCAAGCGGUGCAGACUCAGCUGGCUGACAUGAAGAAGAAGUUGGAACAAGAUGCCGGGUGUUUGGAGUCGGCUGAGGAGGGAAAGAAGAAGGUUCAGAGGGAUCUGGAGGCGAUGGUCCAGCGCCACGACGAGAAAUGCGCAGCCUAUGACAAGCUGGACAAAACAAGGACACGCCUCCAGCAGGAGCUGGACGACUUUGUGGUCGACCACGAACACCUCCGACAGAUGAUCUCCAACCUGGAGAAGAAGCAGAAGAAGUUUGACCAGAUGCUGGCAGAAGAGAAGAACGUCUCUGUUCGCUACGCAGAGGAGCGUGACCGCGCUGAGGCGGAGGCCCGCGAGAAGGAGACGCGGGUGCUGGCCUUGACCCGCGAGCUGGAGACUGUGAUGGAGUUAAAGGAUGAGCUGGAGCGCUCCAACAAGACGCUGCGCGCGGAAAUGGAGGACCUGGUGUCAUCGAAGGACGACGUCGGGAAGAACGUCCAUGAACUGGAGAAGUCUAAACGUACCAUGGAGCAGCAGCUGGAGGAGAUGAAGACUCAGCUGGAGGAGCUGGAGGACGAGCUGCAGGCCACAGAGGACGCCAAGCUGCGCCUGGAGGUCAACAUGCAGGCCAUGAAGGCUCAGUACGAGAGGGACCUGGCAGGACGCGACGAGAUGGGCGAGGAGAAGAAGAGGGCGCUGAUCAAACAGGUGCGGGAGAUGGAGAUGGAGCUGGAGGAUGAGAGGAAGCAGCGCUCUGCAGCUCUCGCUGCUAGGAAGAAGCUGGAGCUGGACCUGAAGGAGCUGGAGGCGGGCAUCGACAUGGCCAACAAGAACCGGGACGAUGCUUUGAAGCAGCUGAAGAAGAUUCAAGCUCAGAUGAAAGACCUGGUGAGGGAGCUGGAUGAGACUCGCAUGUCCAGAGAGGAGAUCCUGGCCCUGAGCAAAGAGACGGAGAAGAAGCUGAAAGCCAUGGAGGCUGACAUGAUCCAGAUCCAGGAGGAGCUGGCCUCUGCAGAGCGGCUAAAGAGACAGGCCCAGCAGGAGAGAGACGAGCUGCAGGAUGAGAUCAACAACCAGGGCGGGAAGAGCGCUCUGGCUGCAGAGGAGAGGAGGCGCCUGGAGGCCCGCAUCGCUCAGCUGGAGGAGGAGGUGGAGGAGGAGCAGUGCAACACCGAGCUGAUGAACGACCGCAUGAAGAAAGCUAUGCUGCAGACGGAUCAGAUCACCCUGGAGCUGACCGCCGAGCGCAGCAACGCCCAGAGGGUGGAGGGGGCCCGGUCCCAGCUGGAGCGCCAGAACAAGGAGCUGAAGCUGAAGCUGCAGGACCUGGAAGGAACCGUCAAGUCCAAGUACAAGGCCAACAUGGCUGCCCUGGAGGCGAAGGUCGCUCAGCUGGAGGAACAGCUGGAGAUGGAGUCCAGGGAGAGGCAGGCUGCCACCAAGCUGGUGAGACGCACCGAGAAGAAACUGAAGGAGGUCAUCCUGCAGGUGGAUGACGAGAGGCGCAACGCAGAGCAGCACAAGGACCAGGCUGACAAGCUGAACACCAGAAUGAAGCAGCUGAAGCGUCAGCUGGAGGAGGCCGAGGACGAAGCCCAGAGAGCCAAGGCCAACCAGCGGAAGCUGCAGCGCGAGCUGGACGACGCCACGGAGUCUGCAGAAACCAUGAACCGAGAAGUCACCUCCCUGAAGAACAAGCUCAGACGUGGGGACCUCCCCUUCCCAAUACGCCGUGCCGUCCCUCGCGGCAGCGCCGCUGUUGAGAGCGACGAGGAGGCGGAGCCAAAGGCGGAGACGCCCGAGCCCAAGCCUGAAUGAGCAGCGGCGGCCUUAGAAGCUGAACAGACGGACCCAAACCCUCCACAGCACCCUUAACCUCCACCACACAAUCCCAUCUCCACACAUUCACACAGACGACAGGAAAGUCCGACAAUCAUCUUAACGUUUGGGUCAAAUUUGUUUUUUUCCUUUGCUUCCUUUUUCAUUCUCUGGGAAAAGUAGACUAGAAAAUGAUAUUUUUAUAAGGAAAAUUUUCACUAAUAAUAGUCCUGAUUUAGGAUCUAUUUUUCUAAUUGAUGAAGACAAAAGAAGUGUAUAAAUGAAGAUGAUUACUGGAAGGGGACCAAAGUACUAUCUCAAACUAUAGAGGUGUAUCUUAUGCAGACGUUUUUAUAAAAACUAUGGAAGUUUGCUCUUCGUGUUAGCUUUGCUCCUGCUCUCUCUGACCUCUGCAUGUACUCUGUUUAGCUGCAGUUAGCACUCAAUGCUACAAUUUAUGGCUUUUUUCAGUCAGAUUUCAGAUAAAAACAAACGUACAGGCAGUUUAGCUGAAACAUUAUUGGAUUUUGUGCUAAAAAUGUGUUUAUUUUUGCACUGAGACGGAGGGGAAAAAACACUUUCCUUCAAAUAUUGAAAGAGAAGUUUUGAAGGAACGUGCUCGUAUUGUCAGUGCCAACACACUAAAAGCCUUAAAUGCAGCUACUGGGCAAGUUUCUUUUUUAUUUUCUGGUUAUGUAUUGAUUUCUAUGUUUAUCACUGUCAGUGUUUGUGUUCAGGGUAAAUGGUGGGGUCGUUUUUGGUUUGUUUUCCUCAUGGCACACACUGUAUUCUCAGGGCACAGCUUGUUGACGGGAGUCUGAGGUUCAACCAAAGGCUGGUUGGGGAGUAACUGAUACUCUGGAUCACUGUAACCUGCGUACAUUUACUAUAUAGACUCCUGGGGUCGGUGUUGGUGGCCGGGUUUUGAACGUUUUUUGGAAGCUGUUCAGGAUGAGAUGACCCUCCCACAGGCUGUGCCCAGAGCUCAGCUUUUGGCUCACACUGCUGGAAAGUGAGAGGAUGUUGUUGUUACUCAGCAAUGCCCGCUCACAUCAAGAAUCACAUCUAUCGCACUUAAUAAACAAUGGAAAUCUUAAAAAAAGAAGAAAAAAAAUCUCAAUUAUUUUGCAAUGUUUGUCUGCAUUUCUGAAAUCAUGUUGUAAGGUGUGGUAAUAAAUAUGCUUUUAAAACUGCAAA